UGGGGAUGGAGGAAGGGCAUGAAUUCACUGUGUUGGGGUGUGUAUACCCCAAGUUCUUAAUGGUUCAUGAUAUCCAGCCACCAGCGCUGGAUAUAAAAGGCUUUCUAACACUAGCCUGUGGCAGAUGCAUCUCAUAGGGAAGAUUAGCAUGGCCCCUGAGCGAGGAUGACAUGCAAAUUUGUGGUGGUCCGUAUUUUUUGAUGAUUUUAAAUGAUGCUUUAGAAAGUUUUGUUGUUGUUGUUGCUGUUUUUGUUUUUGUUGUUUUAAAGUUGAGCGUGGUAGUAAAAGCCUUUAAUCCCAGCACUUGCGAGGCAGAGGCAGGUGGAUCUCUGAGUUCGAGGCCAGCCUGGUCUACAAAGGUUCAGGUCUACAAAGGUCAGCCAGGGCUGCACAGAGAAACCCUGUCUCAGAAAACAAAACAAAACAAAAUGAACAAAAAAGGCGUCCUAGGGUAAUACCAUCCCAAUUACGAAAGGGUGAAAGGGAGAGGAAGCACCCAGCAAGGCCGUGUUAGAAAGGGGAGGCAGGUGGGAGGGCUGUCCUGGGUGGGGAGUAGAAGAGGUAGAGUUUCCCAGGCUCCUCCCUCCCCAGCUCCCUUAUCCUCAGCUACCCUGGGACUCACCCAGCCUAUAGCUGCCUUGUGAAGAGCACUCUAGACUCUAGAUCAGGUUCACUGAGCUAAGGAAGCUGUCAGGCCAAGAACACCGCUCCCUGCCCCAUCGAGAAAGAGCACAUGCCAAGGGACAGCAACUGAGGCCCAGGUGAGAGAGAAGGCAAAGCAAAAUGGGCUGCACCUUGUGGAAAGAGGACUCCUUACCCCAACCAACCAGAACCACAUUCUCCGUCAGAGACUGAGUCCACAAAAUACGGCUCAGAGCAGACCAGAGGUGCCCUGGAAGCCAUACCUCCCCCAUAUCAGGGUCCUAGGGGAGACUCAUUUACCACCAUCACACUGAGGCCACAGUGACAGGAUCAAAGCGAGAAGGCCAGGUUUUUAUAUCCAGCCAGCAGGAGCCAGACUCCAUUAACCCUUUAUGGCUCUGGGCAGAUGGGGUAGGACACAAGAUACCUUCCUCUGACACUGCUCAAAAUAGGCACAUGGGACAGUGGUCCCUGACCAAGGAAGGUAUGUCCCGUGGUAAUCCUUUCUGGAGGCCUACACGUCGCUCUGUCUUGUGCAUUCUUGUCUCAGUUCCCCACAUGGUGAGAACUGGUGUCUGAGGGCCAUGGGGAAGAGAGGAGCCAGAUUGUCCUGCACCAUUCUCACCUCAACCAGGUGAGUGGUAGGGGAAUAGGAUGAUUCAGGAAUAAAUGCUCCGUCCCAGGCCACUCCACUCACACCCACCCACAGACCUCUGAGAAACACACAUCCAAGAGAGGAUAUGGGAGACAGACUUUUUCUCAGGGCUAGAAAGAGUCAGUGCUGGAAAGAGAGCAGGGCCUUCAACAGGGCUCCGCCCCUAACCCCGCCCUUAGCCCGGCCGCACCCAGGGGGCCCAGAGUCCUUCGACUUUGAGCCCAGCAGCUGUGGCGACGUCAGCUAGAAGCAGCAGCCCAGGCCCCAGGUGAGGUGGUCCUGCCAUUGCCCUGCCUUCGGGUAAACAGCCAGGUGCUCCACCACAGGGCUGGGAGGAAAGAUUGGGUUUGCCAGGGACCAGGGCAGGGAGUCAGCUGCCCAGGGGCUUUCAGUACCGCUGCUUAACGCUGGUUUCAGCUCCGACCUGAGUCUGGUUGGGUGAAGUCCUGAAUCUUUUGGAACUCCAGACGUUGCCCAGCUCAGUCUCAAUGGGGCUGCUCCUGCCGCUGCUACAGCCCAUUCUACUGCUAAUGAUUCUUUUGUGGCUGCCGCCGACAUCCCCCAACCUGGCCUGGCAGUGCCCACGAACACCCUUCGCAGCAUCCAGAGACUUCAAUGUGAAGUACGAGGUCCCCAGCUUCUCCGCAGGGGGCCGGGUACAGGCCACGGCAGCCUACGAGGACAGUGAAGAGGGGGGUGCGGUGUUUGUGGCCACACGCAAUCGCCUGCACGUGCUUGGGCCUGACCUGCAGUACCUAGAGAGCCUGACCACUGGGCCUGUCGGGGACCCUGGCUGCCAGACUUGUGCGAGCUGUGGUCCAGGCCCUCACGGACCACCAAACGACACAGACACUGUAGUGCUGGUGAUGGAGCCGGGUUUGCCCGCCCUGGUCAGCUGUGGCUCAACCCUGCAGGGCCGCUGCUUCCUGCAUGAACUGGAGCCUCGGGGGAAAGCCCUGCACUUAGCAGCACCAGCCUGCCUCUUCUCAGCAAGCAACAACCGGCCUGAGGCCUGCCCGGACUGUGUGGCUAGCCCCCUGGGCACUCGUGUGACCGUGGUUGAGCAGGGCCAUGCCUCCUACUUCUAUGUGGCAUCUUCCCUGGACCCGGAGUUGGCUGCCAGGUUUAGCCCACGCUCAGUGUCCGUCCGUCGCCUAAAGGCCGAUGCUUCCGGAUUCCAACCAGGUUUUCCUUCGCUGUCUGUGCUGCCCAAACAUCUGUCCUCCUACCUUAUCAAAUACGUGCACAGCUUCCGCUCAGGAGACUUUGUCUACUUUCUGACCGUGCAACCUAUCAGCGUGACAAGCCCUCCCGGUGCCCUGCAAACACGUCUGGCCCGGCUCAGCGCUGUAGAGCCAGAGAUCGGCGGCUACCGGGAGCUGGUCUUAGACUGUCAGUUUGCACCUAAACGCCGGCGGCGGCGGCGUGGAGCUGUCCAGGAGAGCACACACUCCUACCCGGUGCUUCAGGCAGCCCACUCUGCUCCAGUGGAUGCCAAACUGGCUAUGGAGCUGAGCAUCCCAGAGGGCCAGGAAGUGCUGUUUGGGGUCUUUGUGGCUAUCAAGGAUGGUAGCUCUGGCACGGGUCCCAACUCUGUUGUCUGUGCCUUCCCCAUUUACCAGCUGGACACCCUGAUUGAAAAGGGUGUGGAAUUCUGUUGUGACUCUUCAAGUUCUCCUCCUGUCUCGAGAGGCCUUGACUUCUUCCAGACACCCAGUUUUUGUCCUAAUCCGCCUGGCAUAGAGGCCUCCGGCCCCAGCUUCCAGUGCCACUACUAUCCUUUGCGUGUCACCGGUACGUUCUCACGUGUGGACCUAUUCAAUGGACUGUUAGGAUCAGUGAAGGUCACUGCACUGCACGUGACACGCCUUGGCAAUGUUACGGUGGCCCACAUGGGCACUGCAGAUGGGCGUAUCCUCCAGGUGGAGAUAGCCAGGUCACUCAACUACUUGCUGUAUGUGUCCAACUUCUCCCUGGGCAGCAGUGGGCAGCCUGUUCAGCGGGACGUCAGCCGCCUUGGGAAUGACCUACUUUUUGCCUCCGGGGACCAGGUCUUCAAGGUACCUAUCCAGGGCCCUGGCUGCCGUCAUUUCCUCACCUGUUGGCGUUGCCUGAGAGCACAGCGCUUCAUGGGAUGUGGCUGGUGUGGGGACAGGUGUGGCCGGCAGAAGGAGUGUCCUGACUCCUGGCAACAGGACCACUGUCCACCUGAGAUCACUGAGUUCUAUCCUCACAGUGGGCCGCUAAGGGGCAGAACAAGGCUUACCCUGUGCGGCUCCAACUUCUACCUGAGGCCUGAGGUUGUGGUAUCUGAGAGAACACACCAGAUCACCGUGGGCCAAAGUCCCUGCCGACCGCUGCCUAAGGACUCUGCAAGCCAUAGGACAGUGUUCCACAAGGAAUUUGUAGAGGAACUUGAAUGUGAGCUGGAGCCUCUGAUCAGCCAGGCAGCGGAGACUACGAACGUCAGCCUCCUCAUCACUAACAUGGCGGCAGGCAAGCACUUCCGAGUGGAGGGCCUCUCGGUGCGGGAAGGCUUCUCUUUCAUGGAGCCAGUGCUGACAUCAGUAAAACCCAACUUUGGCCCACGGGCUGGCGGCACUUACCUCACCCUUCAAGGUCAGAGCCUGUCUGUGGGCACCAGCAGAGUCGUGCUGGUCAAUGGAACUCAGUGCCAGCUGGAACAGGUGAGUGAGGAGCAGAUUAUAUGUGUCACACCUCCUGGAGCCGGCCCAGCCAGGGUCCCCCUUCAUCUGCAGAUAGGGGGUGCUGAGGUGCCAGGCUCCUGGGCCUUCCAUUACAAGGAAGACCCUGUUGUGCUGGACAUCAGUCCCAACUGUGGCUACAGUGGCUCCCAUGUCACGAUCCAUGGCCAACAUCUGACUUCAGCAUGGCACCUAACACUGUUAUUCCAUGAUGGACAUAGCACAGUGGAGAACAGGCAGUGUGCAGGGCAGUUUCUGGAACAGCAGCGUCAGUGCCGCCUGCCUGAAUAUGUGGUCCGAAACCCUCAGGGGUGGGCAACAGGGAAUCUAAGCGUCUGGGGGGAUGGAGCAGCUGGCUUCACGCUGCCUGGUUUUCGCUUCCUGCCCCCACCCAGUCCACCCAGAGCUGGCCUGGCCCCGCUGAAGCCUGAAGAGCAUUCAGUUAAGGUUGAGUAUAUCGGGCUGGGUGCUGUAGCGGACUGCGUGACUGUGAACGUGACCGUGGGUGGUGAGAGCUGCCAACACGAGCUCCGAGGGGACGUGGUGGUCUGCCCCCUGCCCCCCUCCCUGCAACUUGGCAAGGACGGUGUCCCGCUGCAGGUCUGCGUAGGUGGCGAGUGUCACAUCCUGGGCCAAGUGGUUCAGUUGGGCCCAGGCAGGACCUCACAGCGCACGCUCCUUGUUGCUCUUUUGGCACUGAUCCUGCUUGUGGCUGCACUGGCCAUUGCGCUGAUCUUCAACUCCAGGAGACGGAAAAAGCAGCUAGUCCUUGCUCCCAACCCGGAUGACCUGGCAUCCCUGGAUCAGUCUCCCAGAGCCAUGUCCCUGUCCAUAUUCCGUUCCGGCUCUGACUACAGAAGUGGCCUUGGUGAGGCUGUGGGAGGCACUAGAAGCCAGGGCUUGCCCCUCCCCACAAGCUUUCACUCCCUCUCCCCAACAACACCCUCUGACGUUGAUGGUCCAGCUUCCAGCACCCCGAGCCAUGGAGAACCUUCAGAUGGUGUCCCACUGCUGCGCACAGAGUCCAUCCGGCUCAAGGAUCUGAACAGGAUGCUCCUGGCCGAGGUUAAGGAUGUGCUGAUUCCCCAUGAGCGAGUAGUCAUCCACAGUGACCAAGUCAUCGGCAAAGGUCACUUUGGUGUCGUCUACCAUGGAGAAUAUACAGACGAGGCCCAGAACCAGAUCCACUGUGCCAUCAAGUCCCUGAGUCGCAUCACAGAGGUUCAGGAGGUGGAAGCUUUCCUGCGGGAGGGGCUGCUCAUGCGUGGCCUACAUCACCCAAACAUUCUGGCUCUCAUCGGUAUCGUGGUACCCCCAGAGGGGCUUCCCCGGGUGCUGCUGCCUUACAUGCGCCACGGAGACCUGCUUCGUUUCAUCCGCUCUCCUGAGAGGAACCCCACUGUGAAGGACCUCAUCAGCUUUGGCCUGCAGGUAGCCUGUGGCAUGGAGUACCUGGCUGAGCAGAAGUUUGUGCACAGAGACCUGGCUGCCAGGAACUGCAUGCUGGACGAGUCAUUCACAGUCAAGGUGGCUGACUUCGGGCUGGCCCGUGACAUCCUCGACAAGGAAUACUACAGCGUUCGGCAGCAGCGCCAUGCUCGCCUGCCUGUCAAGUGGAUGGCACUGGAGAGCCUUCAGACCUACAGAUUCACCACCAAGUCUGAUGUGUGGUCAUUCGGUGUGCUGCUGUGGGAGCUGCUAACACGGGGUGCCCCACCAUACCCCCAUGUCAACCCUUUCGACCUCACUCACUUCCUGGCUCAGGGCCGUCGCCUGCCUCAGCCUGAGUACUGUCCCAAUUCAUUGUACCGGGUGAUGCUGCAAUGCUGGGAGGCUGACCCAGCAUCAAGACCCACCUUCAGAGCCCUAGUGAUGGAAAUAGAGCGGGUCGCGGCCUCACUGCUCGGAGACCACUACGUGCAGCUGUCCGCAGCGUAUGUGAACCUAGGCCCCAGCGCCACGGAUGAUGUGACUAUGCUUCCGGAGCAGCCACAGGCUUCACCUCAGCAUCACAGGGCCAUGUCAAGACCCCGGCCUCUCUCAGAGCCACCUCUGCCCACUUGACCAAAGCCCUAAGUAGGCCACAGGGACUAGACCUGCUGAGAGGCCUCAAGCAGGCCCCAAGCUGCCUCUGGGCUAUAACAAGCUGAAGGGCACUGGACCUCCACCUUUUAACUUUCUAGGGCUACUGGAGGUGGGAAACAGGGCCCAUUUAAGUCCCUCACUCCUGCAUGAGCCAGUGUAUUUUUUGUAGCAUGUAUUUAUGGAAUGUUUGUUUUGUACCUGUCUGAUGAGCAGAGGACUCAGCAAUGAUCACAGAGAUACCACAGUGUAAAUCACUAAAAAACAAAAUAAUAAAUGAAUAUUCAAGCACA